AUGCUUACUCCCGACAUUCUGUUGAGCGUGGCCCUGAAUCUGGAUCUGAUUGAUGUUCUCUCUCUGACCCAGGUAAGUAGAGCUUUCCGAGCGGUUAUCCCCGAAUCACUAAUACGAGACCUAUUGCACGAUAAGUGUCCAUACUAUGACUUACAAAAUUCCCCGCAUGAUUCGUGGAAGGCCUGUGCUGGAAACUAUCUGAGAGCUCAAAUUCGACCUACCCCAGACAAGAUAUGGGAGGGAUUCGACGAGCUUUGCAGUACAGACGUCCCCCUACCAAGCGACUUUUUGUGCCUAUGCAAGCCUUCCAACAUUGCCUUCAAAUGGUCUUUCUGCAAUACAGGCAUUUCAUUUGGACCUCGAAUGCUGGAUCUCACUGAGUCUCCCUCUCCCCGUAAACGGACUCCUCCUCCUGGGGAAUACUUUCAGAAGUGCGGUGUGUUUGACGGUCAAGAAGCAUCUGUUCUCAAACGAUGCGGGAUUACAAUGUGGAUGUUAGGCGAGGUGGUGGAGCUCCAGUCUUCUCCCCAAGUUAUGGCAGCCAUUGUCUUGUAUGACCGGCUCAAGUUUGCACUGCUGAUAAAACACAAGGUGUCUAAAUGGGAAACCCCAGAACCAGACCAUAUAAUGGAACUUGAGGGACUUUAUGCGCCGUUCAGAAUCCAGCUUGUGGGCAAACAGGUGUUUGUCAUGGCCGCUGCUGAUGGAACAGAAACAGCCGUCACCGUCCAACGGGGAGAAGACCUCAUUCGCCUGGAACAUAGCCACUCCAGAAAGUACCAGCCUAUUGGACUCACUUGUUAUGAUGGCAAAACAACCAUUGUUGACAUGGCCAGCGUUUUGGAAACAGAUGUCGAAGUUCAUGAGUUUCUCUGGAAACUGAAUCCUUACAAGUUCACUACCCGAUUCAUGACCGUGGUCCAAGACGAAAACAAACCGCAAUACGCAGUGGUAUACCGUCGACCAGGUUUGGCAACUACAUUGCUGAACUUGGAAACAAGAGAGGCAAAGGUCUUAAUGCCAAAGUCAAGAACGGGCGUCUUUCCAGACUACUUUACUCCAGAAACAUAUUUCCUCAUGGUGGGAAUGUCUAAGGGAAGACUUGCUGUCUUUAAAUACACCAGGAAGUACCUCCACCGACUCUAUAAAAACCAGCAUGGUCUGAAUCUCCCCGACAGCUUGGCCACUUGUUUAUCGGAAACUCCAAAGAUGCCUUUGUUUGAAGCUCUCAUGAAUAUGAGACCGCAAGAGUCUGGAACGGUCCCUCUUCUCAGAAUUGUGAACGAAAGGAACAGGUUCAACGAACAGAACAGAUUCCAUAGCCACACCUUUGCCUAUGGCUUCACAACCGAAGGCAAUUCGAGAGGUCGCGCUUAUGGAAUCGACUCGUAUAAAGCUGAAGGAAAGGGAGACGUUCCGAGCGCUCAGAUGCAAUAG